AUGAAUAUAAUUCAAUCUGAAACAUGUUUGCUUGCAUUCUUUCCAAUCUAUCAUUAUCGUCUUUAUGAUGAUCCAAUCGAUCGAUAUUUUGGUGAUCAAUUGGAUUUCUUUGAUCCAUGGCAUGAUUUAAAUACAGCACCAACAGCUGUUGUUAUUAUUCCAAAUACUUUUCUAUGGUUUCGUGUUCAACUUAAUGUAGCUAAAUUCAAUCCAGAAAUAAUUCAAACAAAAGUUGAAGGUCGAAAAGUAAUUGUCGAAGCUAAACAAGAAGAACGUCAACCUGAUGAUGAUUACAAUAUUCAAGAAUUACGAAAAUCAUAUGUAUUACCUGAACAUGCUUAUCCAAAUCAUUUAGCAUCAUAUGUAACACCAAAUACGAUAUUAGUUAUUGAGGUUCCAAUUCAUAAUCCUGAAGUAGAACGUCGAGUAGCUCAAGCAAAGAAUGAAAAUCAAAAUCUAAAUUUUCAACCACAAAUUGUUGAUAAAGGUGAUAAUAAAAAACAACUUGAAAUGUCUAUUGAAAUGAAACACUGUAAACCAGAACAAAUCAAAGUAUCAACAAAGAAUAAUGAAUUAAAUAUCAAAUGUGAACGUCGACAUAAAGAUGAUAAUAGUUGUGAACGAUCAUUCUAUUUCAAAUCAACAACAUUACCACCAGGUACACAAGUUGAACAACUUCAACCACAUUUAACUGAUGAUGGUCUAUUGAAAAUAGCAGCACCAUAUGUUGAACAACAACAAGAAGCUACAAAAUCUGGUGAACCAAAGGAAGCUACUACAAAACUUGUUGAAGAACAGAAAAAAUAA